GAAUUCAUGAAUAUUGCUUGAAAAACAAGAAGUAUAAGAAUCCAUUAUAUAUGAAACUCACAUUCUAACCAACCAGCUUGAAAAUUUCCCUCGUUGGAAUGAAUCCCAUCUCUUUUAAUAACCCAGACUUCUAUGAAUCACAAUCCACUUUUAAGUCCUCUAUUUAUAGCACUAGAUCUCUUCUUCUUGUUGUUGCUCUUCUUCUUCCCCACUAUGUCUAAAGCAAAUGUGAGAAAGCAAGGUCUUGAGAGAAGCAAAAGUGUCAAAGAGACACAGAAACCAAGCCAGAGCUUUUUCCCCAAGUACCUCAAGAAAGUGUAUCCAAUUGGGCUUCAGAAAAGCAAUUCAUCUCUAUCCUUGUCAUCAUUGUCUUUGUCUCUCUCACAGAACUCAAAUGACUCUUCUCUCACAGCAGAUUCUCUGACACCAUUGGACCAGAAGAUUUCAUUGGCUCUGCGCUUGAUUUCGCCUCACCAUAGAAAGGAGCCUGCUCCUGUAACUAAAACUGCACAGCAGCAGCAGCAGCCAACUCAACAGAACAAUCCUACUGAGCCUGGGGAAUUGAGAAGGUGCAAUUGGAUCACAAAGAACAGUGUCAUUUGCAGUCAGAGAAAUUGUGAGUAUGAAAAUGACGGAGGUCUUUGUGCAGAUAAGGCUUACAUAGAAUUUCAUGAUGAGUGCUGGGGGGUUCCAGCUUAUGAUGACAACAAAUUGUUUGAGCUGCUUGCAAUGUCUGGCUUGUUGAUGGACUACAACUGGACAGAAAUUCUGAAAAGGAAGGAAAUUCUCAGAGAAGUUUUUGCUGGCUUUGAUCCUCACACAGUUGCAAAAAUGGAGGAGAAAGACAUCAUGGAGAUAGAAUCAAACAAGGCUCUUUCAUUAGCAGAAAGCAGAGUAAGGUGCAUAGUAGACAAUGCCAAAUGCAUAGUAAAGAUUGUGAGAGAAUGUGGAUCAUUCAGUAACUACAUAUGGGGACAUGUAAAUCACAAACCAGCCAUUAACAGAUACAAAUACCCAAGAAAUGUGCCAUUGAGAUCACCAAAAGCUGAGGCCAUAAGCAAAGACUUGGUCAAAAGAGGGUUUAGACUUGUGGGGCCCGUUAUAGUUCACUCAUUCAUGCAAGCAGCAGGUUUGACCAUUGACCACCUUGUGGAUUGUUACAGGCACAGUGAGUGUGUGAGCCUUGCUGAAAGACCUUGGAGGCAUAUCUAACACACAAAUUUUUAAGAGAUUCUUAUAAAUAUUUGAUUUAUUAAAACUGGGUACAUCAAAUUACUGAUCUAAAUCCUCUGCAAGAGCUGUACAGUCCAAUAAGAAAAAAGGUAGACAUGUGGGCAUGUUCCUACUACCAUCUCUAUCUUUCUUCUCACUAGACCAUACUAGAGAGGUUAUGAGUUUGAAAUCGAUGUUUUAACUAUGUAUUUUUUGUAAUAUAAAAAUCAAAUUUAUCUAAAUUUUCUUAUAUAAUUUGGUUACAAGAUUUCAGUUGGAUUUGAUGAGCUAAAAAUUUUUACUUUCUGCAGCAGUUGAGCAAGUAAAUACAUGUAUAAUAUACAGCUAACAACUCCAGUUUUUUUUUUGUAUUUUUUUGGAGGAUUUUCGGGUGAUGUUUCUUUAUUUUUUUUCUUUUGUAUAAUGCAUGAUGAUAAAGUAUUGUCAUUGUUGCCACAAUAAAUAAAGUGUUCUGCUCCCUGUUUGGCUUAUUAUUAAAGUCUUAGUGUUUGCUGGUA